UCUAGGGUUGAGUAGUCUUUCCAACCCUUGGUCCUAAGGAACUCCAAAGCCCAGAGAUGGCUUUUUUGAGACCGCCCCGAGCCUGCACAGAUUACUGGUCUGAAUGGAAGCUGUGCCGGAGCAUCCGUAAUCUAUGUCAUCAUUAUUACACUUACGGGGGGAUGCCAUCUUGUGCGCAGUGGAAAAAGGAUUACAAGAAUUGCAAAGAAUGGGAGAGAACCAAAAGCGCAGUGGCCAAGGAACAGUUGUGCAACAGUGAGCGUGAACGGUUGGCCAAGAAAGAGAAGCACGCACCAGUAUGGAAAAUGAGAAAAAGUCCUCCACCUGACUGGAAUUCACCCAUUGAGGAAGAAAACCUCAAAGGAUGAGGCUCCCCAAUAUCCUAGUGGGACCCUCAAGAGACUUUUAAUCCUGAAGAUAGGGAUUUUUCCCACCAUAAAUCUGUGUUCCCACCUGGCUAUGCCUGGGUUUAACUGUGUCAGGUUUAUUUUUUUCUGUAAAUAGCUGCUCUGAAUUCUUCUCCGAAGUCAGUGCAAAGUUUCAAAGGACGUUCACAAAAUAUCAUUGCAAACGAUAUAA